UAUCCGGUCUGUGUCAGGCCUGGACCCGCCCACUCUGUUACAUAUUUUGUGAAUAAUACAUGUGCAUCAACCGGCUCGGCAACUGCUUUACCAUAAAUUAAACCGGCCAUUUGCAUAUUUGACAAUAUUUCCCGGCUCAGUUUAAUUGCCGCCAAAAUUCCGCGUAGCAGAGAGCGCGCCCGCAGGACAAACUCCGAGACGCUCGCGGAACUUUACUUAAUUCCAUAAAACCCCAAGACCCGAAGUUCCUCCUGCUUCAUUGUCAGUGUAACACUGUGUGUUCUUGUGCAGUUUAUAUGUGUGAUGUGUGACUGAAGCCGAGGCUACCCAAAACAUGUUUGCCAUGCAUUUGAGUUACCACUUCUUUCUGUCGUUCGUCCUGGUGUUUACGCAAGCCAAACUCAACCAUACCAAAUAUGUGAAGGAUUUACCGCAAAAUGAUAUUCCAGACAGUGCUCUGUUCGAUGGAGGUGCCGUGAACCACUACGUGUCGGCGGUGGUUGGCGGAACUGCCCUGAUCCCGUGCGACCUUUCGUCACCGGCGCCGAAGGACGACGUGAAUUUGGUCGUUUGGUACAAGGACGAACACACACCAAUUUACAGCUACGACAUUCGUGGGUCGCACGCAACGCUGGCGAAACACUGGCAGGAGAACGUGCUAGGCACGCGAGUGUUUUUCAGGACAAUGACGGAACCGGCGACGCUCAGCAUCGACAGCGUAACCGAAAAGGACGCAGGCCAGUACAGGUGCCGGAUUGAUUACACGAAAUCGCCUACCAGGAAUUUCAGAUCCAUUCUAUCCAUUAUAGUUCCGCCUAGAAAACCGACUAUUAUCGACGAACGAGGCAAGGAGGUGCCUUCCGUUGCCGGGCCAUAUGAAGAGGGUGGAGACAUGAAACUCACAUGCAUUGUUACCGGAGGCAAGCCGGAACCUACGAUAAAGUGGUGGCGCGAGGGAAAACUGAUAGAAUCCACGGAAACGGAGAGCGGUUUCCAGCACGUCCGUUCCAACCAGCUCGUCAUCCGAGGACUACAGAGGUCCGAUCAGCACGCCACCUUCACGUGUCAGGCUUCCAACAAUAACAUCAGUCAGCCGGUCUCUGCCAGCACCUCCAUAGAGAUACAUUUUCGUCCAUUAACUGUGGAAAUUCUCAUCAGCAACAAUCCCUUGUCUUCUGAUCGCAAAUAUGAAAUACCAUGUCAGACGUUCGGUUCUCGUCCUCCAGCAAAGAUCACUUGGCAACUUGACGGCCAAGAGGUUAAGCCGCCUCAUUACAACUUUACUCAAACGGAUGCUGAUGAGGGCAACUCGACCACGUCGAUUUUGACAUUCUUCACGAGGAAAACGGACAACGGCAGGACCCUUACGUGUAGAGCAUCUAAUCACCUGGUGAAAGGCGGAGUGGAGGAAGCGAGCGUGAAAUUAACCGUUUUCUAUGUGCCCAUUCUGCACCUGUCUUUGGGCUCCAACUUGAAUCCCGAGGACAUUGAGGAAGGCGACGAUGUUUACUUUGAAUGCAAAGUAGAUGCGAACCCGUGGGCAUACAAAGUACUCUGGAAACACAAUGGCCAAGUGAUGCAGGCCAAUCAGAAAGCCGGCGUUAUAAUGAGCACUACAGAUUUAGCGCUUCAAGGAGUGACACGGAGCCAGGCGGGAAAUUACUCGUGUGUGGCGUCAAACGUUGAGGGAGACGGAGACAGCAACACAGUCGAGCUCAAGAUUAUGUACAAACCAAUUUGCCGUUCGGAACAGAAACGCAUUUAUGGCGUGGCACGCCACGAGACCACCCGCGUCCUGUGCGAGGUGGAGGCCUAUCCGCCGCCGGACAGCUUCAAAUGGUCCUUCAAUAACUCCGCGGAGACAAUGGACGUGCCCCAGACGCGCUACAAGCCCGGGGCUCAUAACUUCUCCUCCACCCUGACUUACACCCCGGUCACCGAAUUGGAUUACGGCACGGUGAUGUGUUGGGCAAACAAUCUGGCCGGUCGCCAACAGGAUCCCUGCGUGUUUCACAUAAUCGCCGCAGGCAAACCGGAUCCGCCUUUUAACUGUUCCAUCGUGAACACCACGGUUGAAUCGCUGGAAGUGGAGUGCACAGAAGGCUUCGACGGCGGUCAGCCCCAAUAUUUUCUCCUCGAAGUGUACGACUGGAAGACGAGCACGUUGCAAGCGAAUGUUUCCGCGAAAUUCCCCUUGUUUAUCGUGAGUGGUCUGGACCCGGGGCGGGUGCUUAAGAUGAUAGUGUACGCGGCGAACGGCAAGGGCAGAAGCGAAUCCGUGGUUUUGGAAGGAUUUACUCUGAAAGUGGCGGAAAAACAAACAGUAUUAUCCUUGGGGACACGCGACCAAUUGGAAAUUGCACCGAUCCUUGGAAUCUUGAUAGGAAUUGUCACGGCUCUUCUUUUAGUGACAGUGGUGAUUCUAGGAGCCUUGAAGAUCAGGGCGUCCCGCAGGGACGGCGGUUCGAGGGCUCUGAGACCCGGUUUCCUGGCCGUGAAGGAGAAAGCCACCCUGCCAUUGCGUUCAGAGUCUGACGACCUGUUCGAAAAGGACGACAAGAAUCCGGAUGUUAUACCCUCGAACAAAGACUCUGAUUACCAGCUGGGCUCCGCUGUGCAGACGCCGGGCCUGAAUAAUUCAGUGGCGGGUGGUUCAGAGUAUGAGCAGGACUCGCCCAUCCAACAGCAAAACGUCACUCCGCUUACGGAAGCCUACUUGGCCAGAGAUCGGGCCCUCCAACAGACGCAACAGCAUCACGCCCCGAAUGAAGUAACAUACGCAGAACUGUCCCUGGCCCGGCCCAACUCCCUUGACACCAUGAAAAACGGCGGCACCCAAUUCGGCACUCUGAGGAACACCCGUACCGUACCACAAGACGACCCCACCAUUUACGCCCAGAUAGAUCACAACAGGCGUCCCCCGCCACCCCCAAUUCCAUCUAAAACUCCGCCGAUGGUAUCUCCAGUUUCGUCGCUGUUCCAACAAUCGAAACCUGGUUUGUAUCAUCGGGAAGUGGUCACAGUGCGGACGCCCCUCAUGGGGUGCACGCAGGAGAGUUGCGUUUAAAAAUCGGUUUCCGGAUCUCCCGCGGGAGCAGACGAGAGUGUAAAUAGGGUGGAAUGAGUUCGGGACUUACGUACGUUACUUGUGUGUCAUACCGUCGGCAGAUUACGCGGUUGGGUAAUUAGUGGGAUGUCUUGGGUAAGGUUGGUAUUACGUCAUUUUAAAGAGGUACAUACAUAUCUUAUUGUGUGUUUUCAAAAUAUGUCCUCAAUAGUGACGAAUAAAACAUUUUUCGUAAUUAGACAUAAAUGGGUGUAUUUAAAUUUCGGACUAAUUACAACCUUAACGGAUUUUCCCGUGAGUUGUGAUUUGAAGUAAAGAAAUUCGGAGAGAAUAUGCGUACUUCAAACCGAAGCCAAUUACUUUGCAAAGUCAAAAAUUAUUAAUUUAACUUUGUAAUAAGUUUUGCGUGGGCCUAUUUAUGUUUACGCAACGUAAUUUUUUUUUUUUUUUUAGAAAAAGAAAGUACUUUAGAAAAUUCCUUUGUAAUUAAGUUAGAUUUAUCCUUUGCAAAGUCCCGUUUUAAUGGCCUAAACGGAAUUAUUCCGUUUUUUGAGAUCACUUAGCAAUAUUAGUUUCAUAAAUUUUAAUGCAAUACCACUUUAUCCAAACAUAAUCCCACUUUUUACUUAAAAUAUGAAUUUUGCACAAAAUUUUUGGGUAUGAUGUCGAAAAUAAUCUGUAUUGUAAAAUACUCUUUCUCAAUUAGUAAAUCUAAUCAAUAAAUAAAAUACACUUUUGUUUGCAUCAAUGGGCUUCACGUGUUUCGUGUAAAAUAAGAAGAGCGAAAACAAAAUGUACAAAUAUAUUGAUUUUUUUUCAUGUUAACUGCGCGUUGUAAGAUAAUUAAUGAAUAAACAACUUGCUCGCUUAUUUGAUUUUACAAAAAACAUGUUUUGAUAUCAUAUUUGGAAGGGGCCGCUUUAUGCGAACAAAAGUGUCAAAGGUUAUAAUAUUCGUGUUCUUUAAAGGUUAGGGCCCAAAAAUGUUAUCUACACAAUAUUUAUUUAUAAAUAUAUUUUUCGUUACUUAGUUCUUACAAAAUUGUUUUUACUAUUAAAAAGUAUUAUAUAUUGUAAAAAUUUAAAACAAAUACUUUUGUAUUUCUAUCGAUUAACUUUAACAUAUCUUGUUGCAUAUAUUGUAAAUUUUUUGCCAUAUCGUUUUGUAUAAAGUUGACGUGUUAUUUUCUAGUCAAUAUAGGAAAUUUUUAAGAGAAAAAAAAAGUGUACAUGUUUUAUACAAGAACUUUUUACAGACUGAAUGAGGUUGUCAAUAAGUGAUCGGAAAAGUGUCAUAUCUACAGAGCACUAAAGAUUGUAUAUUAUGUAUAUACACAUCGUAAGACAUUGUUAUUAUAAUAAAUGUGAUAUCAUACUUCAUCAAAGAUAAGUAUGGUAAAGAUCUUUGAAAUAUUGUACAAAUUAUAUCAUGUUUUAUGUAAUGUUUAAAAUUUACUAUGUCUCCGUAAGAUCUGUAAACUAUUCUGUAAACAAUAUCAUCAUAAUAAAGUGUU